UAAAAUAAGUAGGCGGCUCGGUGCUAAGGGAUGAGUGAGUCGGAGCUCGGCCUCUCCCCAGCUCGUUCGCAGCCUCUCCCGGUUCAGACCCAGAGAGGGAGCCGCGAGCGAGGUUCACCAUCCCCUGGCGGGUAGGGCUCCCGGGCCGCUGAGCUGCUGUCCUUCGGAGCGCUCCCGCGUGUCGGGCGCUCCGAGUCCCCGCGGCCAGAGAGGGCCCAGGACUCUAGAACUCCAGAGCCUCUGGUAUCCCGUGUCCCCCGCAAUCGGAGCCCCAGAGACGCUCCCAGCUCCUGGACCGCCGCGGAACAAGAUCAAGAUUGUGAGAACACUCUGCAACCCCGGCAAUGGGCAGCAAAACCUUGCCAGCGCCAGUGCCCAUCCACCCAUCCCUGCAGCUCACCAACUAUUCCUUCCUUCAGGCAGUGAACGGCCUGCCCACGGUGCCCUCGGACCACCUGCCCAACCUGUAUGGUUUCAGUGCUCUGCAUGCUGUGCACCUGCACCAGUGGACACUGGGUUACCCAGCCAUGCACUUGCCGCGCUCCUCUUUCUCCAAAGUGCCAGGCACCGUAUCCAGCCUGGUGGACGCGCGCUUCCAGCUGCCUGCCUUUCCCUGGUUCCCUCAUGUCAUCCAGCCCAAGCCAGAGAUCACCGCUGGAGGCAGUGGCCCCGCAGUGCUUAAGACCAAGCCGCGCUUUGAUUUCGCCAACCUGGCCUUGGCCGCCACGCAAGAAGACCCGUCCAAGCUUGGCAGGGGGGAGGGCCCUGGCUCUCCUACGGGUGGGCUGGGUGCUCUCCUGGAUGUGACCAAGCUGUCCCCAGAAAAGAAACCCACGAGAGGACGCCUGCCUUCCAAGACCAAGAAGGAGUUUGUCUGCAAAUUCUGUGGCCGGCACUUCACCAAGUCCUACAACCUACUUAUUCAUGAGCGGACGCACACCGAUGAGCGGCCCUACACCUGUGACAUCUGCCACAAAGCCUUCCGGAGGCAAGACCACCUACGGGAUCACAGAUAUAUUCACUCCAAAGAGAAGCCCUUCAAGUGUCAAGAGUGCGGCAAAGGAUUUUGCCAGUCCAGGACUCUCGCUGUCCACAAGACGCUACACUCACAGGUGAAGGAGCUUAAAACUUCCAAGAUCAAAUGCUAAAUAAAACCUCUCGGUGCGCAGGACCCUGGCUCACGCCACCCCCUCCUCCAGAAGGACUGGAAGCCUAUGGCAACUCUGGCGGGCAGCGGGAGGGGCUCCCGGGACCUCCCCCACCCAAAACAAGGUCCCCUGGGUCCCAGGCGCACGCGGUACUCCAGAGCUCUGCCGGGAGCCGUGACCCCGGCCGCCCAGCGGCUCCCCCAGGACGUGGCUAAACUCUUGGCCAAAAGGCGGUACUCACGUGGCGGAAGGGAAACUGCAUUUAAAAAAAAGAACGAAAGCUCCGCGUAGCCGCAUCGGCGCCUCUCCCAGAAGUAUUACUUUUUCUAUUGUUAUUUUAUACGUUUUCUUUACCUUUUUUUUUUUUUUCUUCUUUGACCAUAUAAGCUUGUAACUCUGACUGCGGAGACGGGGGAGAGAGGAAAAGAAGUUCUGCGCGAUUGCAGCUUCCAGUCCCCUCCUCCCGUCCCCACCCCCACCCUGGGAGCCUGCAAAAGUGUAAUCCGUGUAUCUGCUUCAGCUGCCCGGCCCCAGGGAGCACUCGGGCCGGGACGUCCCCUCCCAGCCCCCGCCGCGCAGCCGGCCUCGGGCUCCAGGACUCAGACGGCGGGGCGGGGACCUCGGCCCGGGGGCCGAAGGGGCCCGGCCUCUGGCUCCCCUGCGCCGCAGCCCUGUCACCACCAGCGAGCAGCCGGCCAGGAGCGGGGCAUUGUAUUGCGAUUGGCACUUUAUGCUGACCAUCGGUAACGGACAUUAUCACUGGAGUUUUUAAAAUAUUAAAUAAACGGUUAUUUUACAGGCA